ACUGUGGGGCCAGCAGUACAGCAGGAGGUCCACAGCUCAACGAAAAUUCAAAUUCUUAUAGCCGUUUAUUAAAAUUAAUAUUAUAUUACACUUUUCCCCCUUAUUCCCAAAAAUACCCCUACUAAAUUCAAAAAUCCCUACCGCGAUUUCCCCAAUUUCAAAUCGUAGAUCUUCAUCUCGUCCAUCCAUCUUUACCCAUCUUCUUCAAUUCACAAAUCUCGCUGAUACUCACUCACUACCAGAGAGAUAGAGCGAGAGAGAGAUAGAGAGAGAGAGAGAGAACAUCUUCAAGAGUGUUUUAAUCGGUGGAAGAAGAAAUUAGAAUAAAUGAUUUAGGUUAAGAAAUCAGCACAGAACAAUUUCAGGUUUUCGUGGUGUCGGAGUUCUUUUCACCGUUUCAGCUGUCAGAAUGUUGAGGGACUUUAAAUUCAUGCGCCGAAAUUCGGGCAAGAACACUGACGCAGAGGAAGUUGAGAAUGUGCCUCUUAACCCUAGGGAUUCUUCAAACCCUCAUCAUAUGAGCACAGACCCCUCAAGACCCCCUUUGAAUGUAAUUCAGGAGCCCUCACGAAUCCCGAAAGUCGUCUCCGAUCAGGAAUUAAGUAGCUACAAGCCCAAUAGACCUGAUAGAACUCCCACUAAGCCAAAGGCUAAACACUCGGAUACUUCAAUGCCCCUUCGCACCCCAGAAAAACAAGGGGUGAUUUCGAGAAAUCGGUUCAAUUGGGCCCAGAAGAGUGAUAAUCCAUUCACUAAUAGUUUAAUCGAGCCGAAGGAUGAGGGUAGAGUAGUGUCGAAUAUGAAUACUCCAGGUUCCACUAGGGGAGCGGGCAAGGCUCAUGUGAGUUAUUCCGAGUGUAACUCAACACAAAGCACACCAACUAAAAGUGUGAGCAGGCCUCCAAAUCCGGGGUUCUCGUUACCUAGUGGCUCGAGGCCUGUGCUUAACAUGGGUGCUCGGAUGGCUAACUAUGCCGCAUUGUCUAAAGGGAUUCCGAGUUCUUGUAAUCCAUCCACUAUUGUCAAUACUGUUGAGGUUCCUUAUUUUGAACUCAAGGAAGACUCGUCUUUUUGGAUGGAACACAAUGUGCAAGUGUUGAUUCGCAUACGACCACUGAAUAACAUGGAGAAGAGCAAUUUUGGUUUCAGUAGAUGCUUGAAGCAGGAGAGUGCACAGAGCAUCACCUGGAUAGGGCAACCCGAGUCCCGAUUUGUAUUUGAUCAUGUAGCAUGUGAAGCUAUAGAUCAGGAGACACUUUUUAGGAUGGUUGGCCUGCCCAUGGUGGAGAAUUGCUUGUCUGGAUACAAUAGUUGCAUGUUCGCAUAUGGGCAGACGGGUAGUGGGAAGACUUAUACAAUGCUUGGCGAGAUUGAAGAACUGGAAGUCAAGCCUAGUCCACACCGUGGAAUGACCCCUCGCAUAUUUGAAUUCUUGUUUGCAAGGAUUAGAGCGGAAGAGGAAAGCCGAAGAGAUGAGCAGUUAAAGUACAACUGCAAAUGCUCUUUUCUUGAGAUUUAUAACGAGCAAAUUACUGAUCUCCUUGAUCCUUCAUCCACAAAUUUGAUGUUACGAGAGGAUAUGAAAAAGGGAGUGUACGUUGAAAAUCUAUCAGAAUUUGAAGUCCACACCGUGGGAGACAUUCUUCAGCUUUUGACUCAGGGAUCUUCAAAUAGAAGAGUUGCUGCCACUAAUAUGAACAGAGAAAGCAGUCGCUCACACAGUGUUUUUACAUGUGUCAUCGAGAGUCGGUGGGAAAAGGAUUCUGCCACUAACUUCCGCUUUGCCAGGCUGAACCUUGUUGACCUUGCUGGUUCUGAAAGGCAAAAGUCUUCUGGUGCUGAGGGUGAACGUCUGAAAGAAGCUGCUAGUAUCAAUAAAUCAUUGUCAACACUAGGUCAUGUAAUUAUGGUCUUAGUGGAUUUAGCACAAGGAAAACCAAGACAUGUUCCGUACAGGGAUUCAAGAUUAACAUUUCUCCUUCAGGACUCUCUGGGUGGAAACUCGAAGACAAUGAUAAUUGCUAAUGUCAGCCCAUCUAUCUGCUCCGCAGCUGAAACGUUGAAUACUUUAAAGUUUGCUCAACGAGGAAAAUUGAUCCAGAACAAUGCUGUUAUUAAUGAAGACUCGUCAGGAGAUGUCAUUGCGUUGAAACAUGAGAUACAAUUGUUAAAGGAGGAGCUGUCUACCCUCAAACGUGAAAAAGUGCCUCGAUCACUGUCGUUUGGGUCAGCCAUUGAUGUAGACACAAGAAACAGAUAUGAGGAUGAUUGUAAUGAAAGUCUACUUGCACAGGAACACCAAGCCGGUAUGCUAGGAAACGAAUCUAAUGGAGUUCUCAGAGUGUCUUGUAAACAGUUAAAAUCAUUGGAAACCACCCUUGCUGGCGCCUUACGGAGAGAACAGAUGGCGGAAGCUUCAGUUAAGAAUCUUGAAGCUGAAAUUCAUCAGUUGAACCGUCUGGUUAGUCAAAGAGAGGAGGACACCAGGUGCACAAAGAUGAUGUUGAAGUUUAGAGAAGACAAAAUUCAAAGAAUGGAGUCACUUCUUGGUGGUUUAAUGUCAGCAGACGAUUAUUUACUGAACGAAAAUAAGACACUUUCAGAAGAAAUUCAGCUCUUGCGAGAAAGCAUUCAUAAAAAUCCCGAAGUGACACGCUUUGCCCGCGAAAAUAUCAAGCUUUUAGAGCAAGUUCGACGCUACGAAGACUUGUACGGAGAAGGGGAGAAGGAAAUUUUGAUGACUGAAAUAUCUGCUCUGCGAAAUCAGCUUAUUUCUUCCCUCGAUGGAAACCCGAACGAUCUUAAUCAUCUCGAUACAAAGGUUUCUAAUAAUGCCAAUAAUGAAAAUGAUUUGCUCCAUGAGGAGUUGAAGAGAACUCUCUCUGAGUUGGAGGAAAGCAAAGCCAAAAUAAAUAGUUGUCUUGAAGAAAAUGCAAAGCUCCGAAGAGAAUUAGAAGAAUUACAUUCGUCUGCAACUCAAGAGAAUGAUUGCAGUGCAGAAGUCAUUAAGGAAUCCAUUGCGGAAGUCCCUUUAUUGAGAAAUCAGGCAAUAGCAUCCACCAAGAGGGAUGAAGAAGGAACAAGAUGUGGAAAUCUUAGGAAGUCUGCAGAAAACAUCAUGGAUUUACAGCUGGAGUUGGACAUUCUUAAAAUUAUUUUGCAAGAGGAGAGAUUACACCAUGCCGAAGCAGAGGAUAUGGCCAAAUCCGUAAACAGAGAACUUCAGCUGUCAAAAGAAACGGUUGCUUCGCUAACUAAAGAAUAUGACGAAGUCCAGGAAGAGCUAAAGAAUGUGAAGUUGGUUUUUGAAGCUCUCGAGUCUCAACAAAUUCAAUUGAUCAAUGAAAUAGAAGAUCUCAAGAACUCUAACGUUCACUAUGAAGAACUGUUGAAAGAAAAGGAACUUGAAAUUUCUCAUUUGAAGCAGCAUCCUGCGUUGCUUAAGAAUUUAGAGAGUGAGGACUCUCCUUUAGAAGCAAAGCUGAAGAAGAUGCAUGAAUCUCUUGAAAAAGCUAAGAGAUUGAACAAUUGGUAUCAAAGUGACCUUGCAUUUCAAACAUCUCAUGAAGAAGAAGCGGAGGAAGUGCGCAAGCAGGUCGAGGCAGAAACUGCCGAGGUUAUUGUUUGCUUGCAGGAAGAACUUUCUGUUCUUCAACAGGAAGUCAAUGAUAGUAAGACGAAAGAGACGGAGAGUAGAGAUUUGUUGGCAAUAUUGCAAAGUCAAAUGAAAACAAGGGAAGAAGAUUUGCAUAUGAGGAGUGCAGAUAAUGCGAAAUUAGCUGAAUUGCUAGAGGACAAAGAGAAGCAGCUAAGAACACUUACGGAAGAAUGGGAACUAAUCGCUGGUGAAAUUGAAGGUAUUCUCUCUGGUGGGCAUGAGGCUUUCAAAGAUGUAUCCGACCAGGUUGAUGCAUCUAAACUAAGUUGGAUUUCCGAACACUUUGGGAAGAUGAAAAAGUAUAGUAUUGAGCAAGAAGUAGUCAUCGAAGAGCUCAAUCGAUGCUUAAAGGAUGCAGUAGAUAGGAGAGAUGACAUGGAGUGCAUGCUGAGGUCUUUAAGAGGGGCGGCUUUGGUUAUGACUGAGACGCAUCAACAGGAGUGCAGUGAGAAGGAUAUGGAGAUUCUCCUUUUAACUUCUGACUUAAAUAAUAAGUCAUCUACUGUUGCAGAACUUCAGAGCUUAAUUAGGAAUGGUGAGGGUCGACUUAAAAUGGCUUCAUCUUGUGCAACAGCUGCUUUGGUGAUUGUGAACAGAUUGUGGGAGUUGAACUCUGACUAUCAGAAUUCUUUAAGUGGUAAGGAUGUCCAGCUUGGAGAGUUUCAAGAAAUUAUCACACAAAAAGAUGCAACUCUUCACAAUCAGGCAUCGAUAAUCGAUGAAGCAAACGAAAAGAAUCAUUCUCUCGUUAUGAAGUUAUCCGAAGAGCAAAAACGCCGGGAAGCUCUUGAGGUAAAGCUUGAAGAAAAUGAAAAAACUAAAUUUUCGGAAAGCAGGGAAAAACUCGAGGAGCUAAAUUCUGGGGUCUCGACACUAAAGUUAAGCAUAAGUGAAUACGUGAAGCAGAGUGGUCAUCCGCAGAAAGAUAACGCUCCAGAGUUAAUUUGUUCUCCUGUCAACGGGGAAUGUGAAUCAUGGACAGGUACCAGAACAGUGGAGAAUCUCAAUGCUUUAGGCUCGUGUAAUAUUAAUGACAACUGUUUGGCGUCUGAAAGUGAAAUGGAGAGUGUGAAGGGGAGAGAUGGUGCCAUUAUUCUCCUAAAGAAAGAGAUAGAUUAUGCCCUCAAAAGCUUAAAAGAUGUGCAAGCUGAGAUGGUCAAGUUGUGCUCUGAGAAAGAAGAGAUUUUGGCAACUGAGAGAUGUAGCCAUAAGAACAUCGAGUCUAUGGUGAAUCAGACACUUCGUUUACGAGAUGCUAUAGAUAAUUUUGGAGGGGAAUUAGAGGGCAAAGUUAACACUAUGGAUGCUAAGAUACGGAAAAUGGAGGAAAUGGUACAUCAAUGUUCCACUUCCUGCUUCCAGCAAAUAGAGUGCCUGGAAGCUGAAGUCUAUGAUGCUAAAGUUGUUGCUGCACAGAAAAGCAUUGAAGCGUCCUGUAUUGUAGAGAAAUUUGAGGAAUUUCAAGACACUGUGAAGGAAGCAGACAUAAUGAUAAAUGAGUUGAUGAUAGCAAAUGAAGCCUUGAAACUUAAUGCUCAUGACUUGACCACUGAGAGAAAUACUCUCAUGAAAGAGGUCCAAAGCCUGAAACUCUCGAUUGAUCUGAAGGAUCAGAAUUAUGGGAAACUGGAAAAACAGUAUGAAUCGGAUUUUGUCAUCAUGAAUAAGAUGGUUUUAGAACUGGAGAAUGUUAUUUCAGAACUCCGGACCACUUCGACGGAAGAAUGGAUGUUUGUAGCAUCUGAAUUACUCAGUGUGAAGUCUCAACUUCACGAAUCGACAGAUUCAAUCAAGACAUUGCUUGAGGAGGUCUGGUCGGAGAUUAUUGUCAAGGACUGUGCUGUCUCUGUUUUGCAUCUCUGUCACAUGGGAAUUCUCUUAGAGACAGCAAAUGGAUUGAAUGCAGAAAAUGGUCUUCUUCACCAUGGUUUAGGUGAGUCAAAUUCCAUUAUUUCUGAACUUCGGGAGCACAAUGUUAAAUCAAGAAAAGAGCUUGAAAUGUGUAGAAUCCUCAAAGGGAAGUUGUUGACAGAUAUCAAAAGAGGUUUUGAACGUAUAUCAAGUAAAGUAGAUGAAGAUGGGGAAGUCACCCUUAAGCUUACUUCUUUCGAGAAGAAGAUACAUGAUCUACAGUUACAGGAAGAGGUGAUGCUGCAAAGGUCGAACGACAUGGGAUCUGAAUUGGCUAUGCUAAUGAAGGAGAUUGAUCUCAGUAACAAAAACACGUUAGCAUCUAUUAUGGAUCAAGAAAGAUUACUGAAGGAGAAAGAUGAACUAUUUGAAUAUCAGGAAGAGAAUUUCUUGGUAGAAUUAUCUGCUAAAGAUUUUGAGUUGCUGAUAUUGUCAACUGAGUUGAAGCAAACAUCUCUCCUGAAAGCAGAUGUAGAGACUGAGUUGAAGCAAACGUCUCUCCUGAAAGCAGAGGUAGAGACUGAAUUGAAGCAAAUGUCUCUCCUGAAAGCAGAUGUAGAGAGAACUUGUAGCAUUACUCAUGAAGUCCUCGAAAACUUAAAGAGGGACAUAGUAUUGAAGAGCUUGGAUGCUGCUUGCAGUGAGUUGAUAUUGCUUGACAAGGAAUCUGGGAAUGAGAAAUUACUAGAAGAUUUAAAGACGAAGGAAUCAGCUCUUGAAACUUCUUCAACUCUUAUCUCUAAGCUUCAUCAGCAAAUUCAGAUGCUGCAAAAUGCGGUGGAAAUAAAAGAUGAAGAACUUGGAAGAAUAAGCUGCCUUGAGAAGGAUAAUGAAACACUGCAGCAUCAUUUGAAUAACAAUGAGGAAGAACACCGUGUACUUCUGCUCGAGCUGGAGAGUAAAGAGACUGCUUUUGAUAUUGAAAAACAGAGACUAAGAAAUAACAUUUCAGUGUUGGAGAUUUGCAUUGCCAAGUUAGAAGAAGAUCACAAACUUUCUCAAUCUGUUGUCAAAGAUGAAAUGCAGUUAAGAAUCCAGGAUUUGCAGAGCCAGCUGGGUGAUUUCAACACUGUAAAAGAAGAAAACACGUUUCUGAGAAAUGAACUGAGAGUUCAUGAGAAUAAUGAGGCUAAACACCUUAGUGCUUUGAACUUGAAAACUUUGGAGAAUGUUGAUUUGGCCCAAAAUGUGGAUAAAGUAAGCUGCAAACUACUCAAUCUAGUUAAUGAGAAACUUAUUGAGGUAGAUGAUAUGCAUCAGAAGAUGGUUGACGAAAUGGAAAGGACGUACAAUUUUCUGGAACAGUUGGAAUGCAUGGAGAAUCUUGCUAUGAAGUUCGAUUCUCAAUUUCUCUCUCUUCAAACAGAGUUGUCAAGAAAAGAUGAUAUUCUUAAGGGGCUAUUGUUUGAUUUGAGUUUGCUACAGGAGUCUGCAUCAAACAGUAAAGACAAAAAAGAUGAAACAGAGGAGCUGCUAGCUUCUUUAAUGGCAUUGGAAAAAGAUUUUGAAUUGAAGUCGCUUGAACUGGAGAAAGCUGUUGGUGAAGGUCGAGUGCUUGAAGUUCAACUUCAAGAAAAGAUAGCGAAAAUAUCUGCUCUUGAAAUGGAUCUUACAAAAAAUCAGGAGAUAAUAGAUUCACUAUCCAACAACAAUGUUGAACUUUUAGCUGGUGCUAAAGAUGCCUUGGACGCAAAAAAAUCCAUGGAGAAGGAAAUGAUGGAGACGAGGAUGAAAACUGAAAACUUAGAGAUGGAAGUUUGUGAAAUGGAAAAGUCUCUUGCCCAAAUGAACAAAACAACUGAAUCGUUGAGGAACAACUUGGAUACUGUCACCUGUCAGAGGGAUGAGCUGGAUGAUAAAGUUCUUAGUUUGACGAAAGAGCUUGAGAUGGCAAAAGCUCUUGCUGAAGAAAAUGAAGCAAUUGCUGUCGAAGCUCAAGAGAUAGGUGAACACCAUAAAGUCCAAGCUGAGGAAAAGGAAGAAGAAGUGAGACUAUUAGAGCGGUCCAUUGAAGAGCUAGAGUGCACUAUAAACGUUCUUGAGCAAAAGGUUGACAUUGUCAAAGGAGAAGCUGAGAGGCAAAGGUUGCAGAGGGAGGAACUUGAGCUGGAGCUUCUUGGCGUCAAAGAACAAAUGCAAAACUUACAGAGCAAUGAUUCCGACAUAAAAAGAUGUCUAAGUGACAAAGAGAAGAACCUUGAAGAAGCACUUCAACGGGUACAACUUCUUGAAAAAGAAAUUGCUGCCAGAGAUGGCGAGAUAUCCCAAUGCAAAGCUCAUAUAUCGGAGCUAAAUAUGCAUGCAGAGGCUCAGGCUAGUGAAUACAAGCAAAAGUUCAAGGCAUUGGAAGCCAUGGUAGAACAAGUCAAAUCUGAAGUUCCUCCCCCUCAUAGCACAAGUUCGUCAUCGAACAAGUUGGAAAAGAAUUCUUCAAAGUCGAAAGGCUCAGGAUCCCCUUUUAAAUGCAUUGGGUUGGGCUUAGUUCAACAAAUUAAAUCUGAGAAGGAUGAAGAGGGAAGGCAACGAAUAGAAGAACUUGAGGCUCUUGCUGUAAGCAGACAGAAAGAGAUAUUCAUGCUUAAGGCAAGAUUGGCUGCCACCGAAAGCAUGACUCAUGACGUGAUUCGGGAUUUGCUAGGUGUAAAACUGAAUAUGAAGAACUAUGCUAAUUUAAUGGAUAAUCAGCAACUUCACUCAUUAAUGGAGGCGGCUCAACACCACAACGUUGAAGCUGAAGAAAAGGAGAAAGAAGUGGUUAAUCUGAAGCUUCAAAUAAACGAGUUUGUUAAAGAGAGGAAAGGAUGGCUAGAGGAGAUCGAGAGAAAACAGGCUGAAACGAUGGCUGCACAUGUUGCAUUGGAAAAACUGCGACAGCAAGAUCAACAGCUUGCAACUGAAAAUGGGAUGUUAAAGAUUGACAAUGGUAUUAACAAGAAGAGGGUGGCAGAACUUGAAGCUGAGAUUAAGAAGUUGUCUGGUCAACAGAAUAUUCAACAGCGGAUCCAUCAUCAUGCAAAAAUAAAAGAAGAAAACAAUUCAUUGAGGUGUCAGAACGAGGACCUCAGUGUUAAGCUGAGAAAAACAGAAUCUAUUCUUUCUCGUGUUAAGGAAGAGCUAGCUCAAUUCCGUGCAGCAAAUGGUAGAAACCCCUACAUUGAUUUUGACGAGGAGGAACACUUGGGCAAGAUUUUGAAGGAAACCGAAGAGGAGAGACUGCAGUUAGCUCAGAAGUUGUUAGGCUUGUGUACUACUGUACUUAAGGCUGCUGGAAUAACAAGACCAACAGCUGAAAUAAGUCUAUCUGUAGCCGAAGAAGCGCUCGAACAGCUUACGAACAGGGUUGUUUCCCUAGAAAUGGAAAUUCAAGAUGUUAAACUCAAGAAUCGAAUAUCAGACGAGAGAAUUAGAUUGUCUGAGCUCAGGCCACAACAAGCUUCGACAGAAUCAAGCGCAAGGCCGGACGAAAAUCGUGUCGUACGAAAUCGAGUGUCUCAAACUCCGUUUCUUUCUUCUUUGGAUCGAUGAAGUCUCAGGGUUAGCAUUUUGCUAGCAUUGUGUUACUGUAAAUACUUGUUUCUUUUUGUAUCAUCAUCUUGUGUGUGUAUGUAUAUAUAUAUAUUCUUUCAUCCAUAUAAAAGAAAUAGCAUAUUACUGUUAUAUCUCC